AUGGGUGACCAGAAAACUCAGAAGUCCACGGCCGCGUCAGGAACUGGGGCCGGCAACGGUGGAGGAGGAGGCCACUCGACGGCGGCCAACAUCACCGGCACCAACACCACGACGACGGCGGCCGCCUCGACGCCAGUGACGACACCGCAGCAACAGCAACAGCAGCAGCAGCAGCAGCAGCAACAACAACAACAACACCACCAUCAGCCGCAGCACCACCCACACCACCUCCACCACCAUCACCAGCCGCCGACCCAUCCGCACCCGCACCACCUACCAACGCACCAUCCACACCAUCAUCCCGCGCACCAUCCCGGGCAUCCCGGUGGGCCUGGUCCGCUCACGCCCGGCCAGGACCAGCCGCAUGGUGGUGCGCCUGGGGGAAGCGGAGGGCAUCAUGGGCCGCCUAUUCCGCCCCCCGGGAGUGGAAUGCACCACUCGCCGUACGACCAUCAUCACCACCAGGCCGUCCCGCAUCCUCCGGGUGGGGGGCAUCAUCAGCACCACGGGCAGGUUUACGGGCAGCCGCCGCCACCUCCGAUGCAGCAUCAGCAGUACGCACCGCGGGCAUACCAUCACCACCAUCCGCACCAUCCCCACCACCCGCACCACGACCCGAACGUGCAACCGGCGGGAGGAGCCCUGCCCGACCCGUACGCCCACUACCGCAUGGGCCCGGCGGCGGUGGCCGCCGCAGCAGCACAAGCCGCUGCCGCCGCAGCCGCUGCAGCCGCCGCCGGUGGUACGGGACCGUCAACGGGUGGCGGUAGCGGGACACCUCCCCCGGCCGGCCCAGCACCGCCGGGUGGGAAGCCGGCCGCGGCAGCCGCGGCGGCCGCCGGUGGAAGUCCCAUGCACGGGCGGCACGGGCAUCAACGCUACAUGCCGCAACCGCCGCCGGCCCCCGCAGCCGGUGCCCAGAGCGGAGCACCGUCUUCGCAACCACCGCCCGGUGGUGGCGCCACCUCCGGUGCACCAACGGCCGCCGGUGGUCCCACGCCCACACUGAACUCGCUGCUGCAAUCGCAUCCGCCACCUCCGACACAUCCUGGAGCGGUUCCGCCCCACCAUCGCUACCAUCCACCGACCGGGUACGAUCCGACGGGGCCACCGUCACAGGCCGGAGGCCCUCCGCCGCCUGGCCAACCGCCACCUCCACCGGGGACACCCGGUGCACCACCGCAGGCUCCCGGACAACCACCACUGCCCGGGAUGCCGCCGUACCAUGGUGGCCACCAGCAGCAACAACAACAGCAACAGCAGCAACAGCAGGGAUGGGCACCUCCACCGCGCCCUUACAGCCCCCAUUCGCAGCCCUACCGACCACCACCACCGGGUAACACCGGUCGAGGGCAGUCGCCUUAUCCGCCGGGACCUCCGGGUAGUCAAGCGCCCGGCAGCUAUCCUCCACCGCCACCACAGUCCGCACCGGGGCAGCAGCCCGGUGCGGUGCAGCCGCCACCAUCCCAACCGGGUGCGGGUGGCAGUGGUGCUCCGCCACCGCCGCCCCAGCAAGGACCGCCUCCGCCAACGCAACAAAACCCCGGUGGUGGCGGCGGCGGCGGCGGCGGCGGCGGCCCGGCAGCAACGGCGGGAGCCGCCGGCCAGCCCGGACCGCCGCCACCCACGUCGCAGGGUCAACAACCGCCACCAGCCAAUACUCAGUAUACUCCCUACCAGCCGCAGCAGCAGCGCUACCCGAACCCGCCCGGCGGACCCCCGGGCAACCAUCGGACGCCCUAUCCGCCGCCACACCAGUACGAACCGGUACGGUCGUGGCCAUCGCCGGCCGCUAGUCCUGGGCCAGGGCCAGGGCAUUUACCGCCGUCCCCUCACGGACCCCCGCAAAGCCCAGGGCAGCAGCAGCCACCGCCCGGACAGCAGCAGCAGCAUGGUGGCCCCAGCCCGUCACCGCAGCCGCCGCAACCAGCACCAUCACCACAUCAGGACUCGAGCGGUCAGAACAGUAAUGACGGUACGACGGGUAGCAGCGGCGGCAUCGGCGGCAGCGGUUCCGCAGGAGUUCUCCACGCUGCACCCGGCACGCCCAACUCGUCCUCUUCGUCGUCGUCGCAGGGCAUGAGGCCGACGCCUUCGCCGACCGGUUCCGGUAGCGGAUCGCGCUCUAUGUCGCCGGCAGUAGGCCAGCAAAGUGUUCCGAUGCCUCCUCGUCCAUCCAGCAGUCACUCGCAAGCACCGACGAAUCAGCAGACGCCGCAGAAUCAGCUGGCAGGCAGUGGCAGCAGCAGUAGUAGCAGCAACCUCGCGCACAGCAACAACAACCAUCAAUCGCAGGCGGGCCCGGGCGAGCAUCACGCCCGCGUAGCUUCGCCGAAUCGGCCCCCUUCGACGACCGGCAGCGGCGUUUCGUCCUUGCCGCCGACGUCACAGGCCCAGGGAAACGCGAUGGCCACGCAGGGCGGCUAUCAAACGCAACCGCCGCACGCGGCCCCCCACAUGCACGGUGGCCCCUACAAGAUGGCUCCCGGGCCCGGCGGCGGCGGUCCGGUGGCAGGUGGUAUGCCGCCGGGGGCCGGAGGCCCACAGCAAAUGUCCCCGUACCCGGGUCCACCGCCACCGCCCCACCAAGCGCAGCAGCAGCAGCAGCAGCAACAGCAACAGUAUUCACCCCACUCGCCGGCGGGUUACUCGCCCCGGCCCCAGUACCCGGGCGCCGCGUACGGUGUACCCACACCGCCACCGCCGGCACCACCCGGGUCACAGCCGGCGAACGCGGCGGGGCCACCGGGACCCCCCGGUGGCUCUCCGCAUCCUCCGCCGGGCGGCUAUCCGGGGCACCGGAUGCCGAACCACGUCGGAGGACCGCCCCCACCACCACCACACUCGCAGUAUCCGGCGCCCCACCAGUACCCGCCGCCCAGCUGGGGACCGCCGGUGACGCAGGGCGGCGGUGGCGCUCAUGUAAAUAAUCAUGUCCAGCAACAGUCACAGGGAGUUCCAUCUUCGCCGGGCGGUGGCCCGCCGCGGCAGGGUAAGGGCGGGUUGCAUCCGCAUCCGCAUGGGCAGCACGCGCAGCCACAUCAACAGCAGCAGCACGGUCCACCGCCACCGCCACCCCACCAACAGCAGCAGCAGCAACCGCAGCACGGCGGACAUCACCACCAGCCGCAGCAGGCGCAACCACCACCGCCCCCACACCACCAUCUGCAAGGUCCACCCCCGCAGCAAGGUGGUGGCCCUCCUCCGCCACCGCAGAGCGGGUCUCCGCAGCCACCGCUUAACUAUCUGAAGCAGCACCUGCAGCAUAAAGGGGCGUACGGCGGUGCGCCGAGUCCGACGCCUCCGCAAGGGUACGGCAACGGGCCGGGGAUGCACCCACCGAUGGGGCCACCACACCACAUGGGCCCACCGAUGGGAAUGCCUCCGCCGAACGCGAGCAGCAUGGGUCCUCCGCCGCCCGCCGGAACACCUCCCAGCAGUCAGCCACCGGGUGGUGGUGGUGGGCACCCGGGUGAGGGCGGUGCGCAACCACCGUUGCCACCUCACCAGGUCGGUGGCCAUCCACCAGCGCCUCCGUCGGGCCACGGCCAUCCACAGCAACAACCGUUGCCACUGCCUCCGCACGCCGGUGGACACCACGGUCACACGCAACAUCCAUCGCACGGGCACCCGCACGGGCCACCGGGGCCACACCCGCACGGCCAUCCGGAAGCGCCCGGCAGUGGGGGUCCACCGCCGCCGCCGCAACAGCACGGUGGCGGCCUCAUCAUGGGCGGAAUGCAGGACAACGGGCUCGGUGCGGCGGUUGGCAGCGGCGCUGGCGGCAACAGCAACGCCAGCAGCGGCGGCGGUCCGCCAUCAUCCCACCACCACCACCAGCAACAACACCACCACCACAUUCAUCAUCAUCCAGUUACCUCACUCGUUACAACGGGACCUGAUGGCGCUCCACUCGACGAAGCGAGUCAGCAGAGUACCUUAUCCAAUACCUCAGUAGCUUCCGGUGAAGACCCAGCGUGCUCGACGCCGAAAUCGCGGAAAAGCGAUCACUACAACAACCAAAGCCAUUUGGCGGCCAGCAACACCACGCCAUCGUCGUCUUCGAACGCGUCGCCCGGGCCGCACAACGCGCACGAGGACUUUGAGAUGAACGCGUCCCCGACGUCCUGGCCCCGGACGCCCGCUAGUCCAGUAUUUAACAGUCACGUUCCUCCCACGCCGGAGACUCCUUUUAGAUCAACUAAGAAAUCGGAUAGCCUUAACAAGCUGUACGAGAUGGAUGACAAGCCGGACCGGCGAAUCUUCCUCGACAAGCUGCUGGCGUAUAUGGAUGAGCGCCGAACGCCGAUCACCGCCUGUCCGACGAUCUCGAAGACACCGUUGGAUCUCUACCGGCUCUACGUUUACGUGCAAGAGCGCGGCGGCUUUCUUGAGGUGUGUAAGGUUACCAAGAGCAAAACAUGGAAGGACAUCGCUGGCAUGCUCGGCAUCGGUGCCAGCAGUAGUGCGGCGUACACGCUCCGUAAGCACUAUACGAAAAACCUGCUCCCGUUCGAGUGUAAGUUCGAUCGUGGCGGCAUCGAUCCCGGACCAAUCAUUGCGCAGGUCGAGGCCGGGUCGAAGAAAAAAUCGGCCAAAACAACGUCGGUCCCGUCACCGGGUUCGUCAAAUUCGCAAGAUUCGUUUCCCGCUCCCGGCAGUAGCAGUGCGUCGAUGGAUGGAUACGGUCCGUACCCGGGCAGUGGCUAUCCUCCCGGAUCCACCCCAGACUAUGUGCAGCAGCAGCAACAGCAAGGUGCUGCCGUUCCAAGUGUUGGGCCAGCCGGAGCGGCGCAACCAGCCCCUGGCCAGCAGCAGCCUCCGCCACAGCCUCAACAAAGGCCUCCUUCACAGCAGAGCGGCACUCAGUCACCCCAUCCGGGUUCGGGACCGCCUGCUUCGGGCGAUAACAUUAGUGUGAGCAAUCCCUUUGAUGAUCCCGUGGGUCCACAGCGUCCCCCGUAUCAGCAGGGUGCUCCUUAUCCACCGGUUUCACGUCCUCAAGGCGCUCCAUAUCAGGGACAGCCGGGUAGCUACGGACAGUACGGUGCUCCGGACCAGUAUGGACCAGCGGCCGGUGCCCCUCCGGGUCAGUAUCCACCGCCACCUGGUAGCCAGCAAGGCCAGUAUCCCCCAGCGAAUCGGCCACUCUAUCCACCGUACGGUCCACCGGAAGCCGGAGACGGAUCUCCGUACAGGGGAACUCCACCAACGACGGGUGCGGUACCGCCACCAACGGCCGCCGAUCCCUACCGAGGCUAUAGCAGUGCGCCGUAUCCUCCGCCACCUCAACAGCGGCCUUAUCCGCCGCAAUCGCAACCACCGGCCAGUGGAGCUAGUGGUGCCGGAGGACCGCCACCGGGAUCGUCCACAUCGCCUGCACCGGGCAGUGCCUCGCAACCACCGCCAGUCAGUGGAGCGCCCUCGCAGCAGCCACAACAGCAACCUCCUUCGCAGCAGCAGCCACCAGCGACGAUCGCGCAAGGUGGUCCCGGGUAUCCGUCACCGGCAACUCAACCUCCCCAGUCGGCCGCCGACUACUACCGCCAGCAGCAGGAGCAGUCUCUCCCAUACCCACAACCCAAUCAGCCACGUCGUCAUCCGGACUUUGAGAAAAAUCAACAACCGUAUCCACCCUACCAGCGGCCGCAGAUGUACCCAGGAGGUUGGCAGACUGGACCCGCAGGGCAGUACCGUGGCCAGUACCCGCAAAGUCCACAGCAACAGUGGACCCAUAAUGGACCACGUCCGGCCUCUGGCGGGCCUCCAGCCGGUCCGCCUGGUAGCGGACCCCCACCUCCGGGAGCAGGGCCUCCGAACCAGUGGGGAGCAGCCGACGUCAAUCGUUACCCGCUCAAUCAGCCACAGCCUCCUUAUCCUUCCCAUCAGCAGGGACAACAGCAGCCCUGGAACCAGAUACCAGCCACGUCGCAGAGUUCCCCAUUACGGCCUCCCAUGCGCGGUGGUAAACCCUACCCACCUAUGGGCGGUUCGGCAGCCGGUGGUCCGCCAGGUAUUGUGCCCCCCGGCACACCAAUGCCUGGUAUGCCACCGACCGGUGCCGGUGUUUCGCAGUCUGCGGUCGUAGGACCGCCGGGAACCGUUCCCAACGCCGUCGUUGGCCCUACCAACGUAGUUGGUGGGCAACCGCUGGCAGGCGGUGUACCGCCAGCCAGCGUUCCUUCGUCAAUGGGUGUUGGUGGCAUCGCGCCCGGAGCAGGUCCUCAGCCACCAUGUGGAAACGUCGUUGGUGCCAGCGGUGGUGGAAUCGUAUCGCCUGUUGUGGGCAGCUCGUCACCCGCCACUGUCGGAGGACCUAAACCUCCACAACCGGUUACACCCGGUGGACCGGGUGGACCGCAGCAACAACCGCCAGCAACCGCUACCGGUGCUGGAGGUGUGCAGCAGAAACGUGACGUAGUGUUUCCACAUGACAGCGUUGAAGCGACGACACCGGUCCUCUACCGACGGAAGCGCAUCACGAAGCUGGACAUUGGCCAGACGGAUGCGUGGCGAAUAUUCAUGGCACUCCGGUCGGGGCUGCUAGUGGAGAGCACCUGGGCGCUGGAUGUACUGAACAUUCUGUUGUUCGAUGACACAUCGGUAGCGUACUUCGGGCUGGCCCAUAUGCCGGGUCUGUUGAACCUGCUGCUCGAUCACUUCCAAAAGAGUCUCUGCGACAUGUUCGACAAAGAGGGAACGGGAGGGGUCAGUAUUAAGAGCAGUAAUACCCAUGGAUCAAGCCGGUGGUUCGGGCUCGAAGGUGAUCACGCGCUUACGGAUGGUGAAUCGAGUGAGGAAGGCGACGAGCGGUCGCCGCCGCCACCGCCACAACACAGUUCCAAGGAGGACGGUACGGGAACCGCAUCGACCUUGAUGCUGGAGGUGACGAAGAGUGAGGCCGUGACGAUCAGGCUUGGAGACAGCAUAAAGGAGGAAGGCGGCAAGCUACACGAAAACGGUUCACUGGUGACGAAUAACUACCAAAACGGUGUCGUCGUCAGUAAUCAACAUAACAGCAGCCGGCAAGGAGGCUCUCGGAAGCGACCGGCCAGCACUCACUCGCAGCAACAUCGAUACUCCUCCAUAACGGCGGUUCGACGAGUGACCGCGGCAAGGCGAAGACACGCACAACUGGCGGUGGUUGCGGCCGAAGAAACGGAAGUUGACGACGAUGACGAUGAGUUGGUGGAGCUGGACCUGGGAUCGGUAAAGAACCCACCAAACCCGGACGAUCGAACCGUUAUCUUUACGUCAACAACCAAUUACACGCUGACGACGAGGAAGGGCCGACCCGUGAAGCUGCACUCUGCCGAGGACGAUGUCUUCGUGUUGGCGCAUCGGCGCGACUGGGACCGUGCGGCCGACUAUCAGUAUCAGCGCGACACGGAGGUGGGCGGCGAUCCGUGGACUGCCGGCCACACCGACCCGGAUCCGCACCACUACAUCAUGGACACGUUCCGGGCCGAGUUUGUAAACAUUCCAUUUGCGAAAUACAUCAAAACGAGCAAAAAGUACGCAGCAGCAGCGGCGGCUGCGGCGGCAGCGACCAAGAAUACGACGAUAUCCGAGAAGGGUGUCAGCCUCAACAACAACUGUAGCAGCACAAACAACAAUAAUAGUGAUAAAUGUGCAAGUAAAAAUGAAGGCGAACAGGAUCAAAAACAACCACAAGAACCAUCACCGGCGGUAGAAGUGAACGAAGUAGUAGAACCCAACAAGACCGAUCCGGACGAGGUCGUUCCAGCGGCUGCUGCUGUGGAGCCAAUGGAAGUAAAUGAUGAUGAGAUAGUUUCCCUUGGGAAGCGAAAACAAGAAGAUGAAACCACGCCCGCACCACCACCGCCACCACAAUCGCAUUCGUUGCGCACGCGCAAAGAUCAUGCUGCGACGCGACUUGUGAAUGGGGAAAGCGAAGAGGACGAUACGAUCACGACGGGCGAAAGCGGUGUGGUAAGGAAGGCCGAGAAGGGAGCGAAACAUUACAGCAGUAGUACGAAGAAAGAAAGCAAAAUGCUCCCCGGAGCCAACGACGAUGCGAUGGCGGAAGAAACGAAAGCAACGAAAAUGGGAGAAACUUCGAUUGAUGCCGAUUGUCGUGAGAUCGAUAUGGAACUCGAGAAAAGCUCCAGCCUUUCGAAUGGGCCACAGGAAGGCGCAGCGGAAAGUACAAGGAACAUGAACCACACCCGCGACGGUGAAGAAGGUGAUAAACAGAGCUCACCGGCAAAACGGAAGGCCGAGGACACAAACAGUAACAGUGCCGUUGGAGAGAAGGCAUCGGAGCACAGCCAUUCGUCUUCGAUCGUUACCAAAAAGCAAGCGGAGCGAACCGAUGUGGAUAAUGGUGACGAAAAGAUGGAGGUCGAUGAAGAGGAAGCGGAAGAAAGACGGGGUGGAAGCCGUUCUCCGGUGGCGAUCAAGAGCAGCAGAUUCAGCGUGGCGGAAACGGUACGCGAUCCGGCGCGCGUAUUGAAACGUCGACGCAUGAGCGACUACGAGGACGAAUGUUACACGCGAGACGAGGCGAGCUUGUUCCUCGUGACCGAGGGCCAGGAUGCGCUUGCUCGACGCUGCGUGGCCAUCUCCAACAUAUUACGUAACCUCACUUUCCUGCCAAACAAUGAGACUGAAUUUUCCAAAUCGUCCCGCUUCCUGGCGGUUCUCGGCAAACUGCUCUUGCUGAACCAUGAGCACCCGAUGCGUACGAAAAAGACCCGAAACUACGAUCGCGAGGAGGAUGCCGACUUUUCCGACUCAUGCAGCAGCCUGCAGGGAGAACACGAGUGGUGGUGGGACUUUUUGGUGCAGAUCCGGGAGAACAUGCUUGUGGCGACGGCCAACAUUGCCGGUCAGCUUGAUCUGUCGCGCUUCGACGAACCGAUCUCCCGCCCGAUCCUCGACGGAUUGCUCCAUUGGGCGGUGUGUCCUUCGGCUCACGGACAAGAUCCGUUUCCGACACUCGGUCCGAACGCGGCGCUGUCACCGCAGCGGUUAGCGCUGGAGGCACUGUGUAAACUGUGCGUCACGGAUGCGAACGUCGAUCUUGUGAUAGCGACGCCACCCUUUUCGCGGCUGGAAAAGCUCUGCACCGUGUUGACACGCCAUCUGUGCAAGAACGAAGAUCAGGUGUUGCGCGAAUUUUCCGUCAACCUGCUGCACUACCUGGCUGCCGCCGACAGCUCGAUGGCCCGUACGGUUGCCAUGCAGUCACCCUGCGUUUCGUAUCUGGUGGCAUUCAUCGAGCAAGCGGAACAAACGGCACUCGGUGUUGCCAAUCAGCAUGGGAUUAACUUUUUGCGUGACAAUCCCGAUUCCAUGGGCACUAGCUUGGACAUGCUUCGGAGGGCAGCUGGCACGUUGCUGCACCUAUCCAAGCAUCCGGACAAUCGGCCUCUGUUUAUGCAGCAGGAACAGCGGCUGCUUGGGCUUGUGAUGAGCCACAUUCUCGAUCAGCAGGUCGCCUUGAUCAUCUCGCGUGUCCUCUACCAGUGUUCACGCGGCACCGGUCCCUUAACGACCAUGGAGAUCGAAUGUUCUUCAUUCUCUGUACGCUCGAAAGAUGCAACUCCAUCAUCGGCUACAACAACAACAACGACUCAUACGAGUGUAGCGAGUAACGCAUCACCAGCAACAAUGGUGUCGACGACACUAACGGCAACUGCGUCGCCUUCUUCAACUAGCGACAGAAAGCUAGCGGCGGCAGAAAAAGCUUCGAAUAACGGUGACGUGACACGGCCAUCAAUCGAGAGUUCUUCGGCAAAUGUUGCUACGACGAACGGGACGCCGGUGGCUGCCGCCGCUGCCGUCGCUGCCGGUGUAAUUUUAAAUGGUGCUGCCUGCCCAGAAGAAAUUUCGGCACGAAAACCUACUUAUGAUGGCUCCUCUACAACAGCAACGGCUGCUGCUGACCCAUUAUCGCCGACAGCGGCUGGCGAGAGUUCCAAUAAAGCCGCUCUCAUCAGCAACUCAUCUUCCAGCAGUAGUACCAGCAAUUGUAACGAUGAUGAAUCGACUGUUGAAGAGCAGUGCGCGGCAAACACUUCGCCAACGAAUACGACAACGGCAAUUGCAUCAACGGCAGGGUCGUCAGCCACGGGGACAACCGCUGUUUCGAUUGGUAGUGGCAAUGGUAGCAGCAACAAUCCCAGCAGUGCUAAUGUGUCGAGUGCUCCUGCUCCAACGACGGCCACUACCUCUUCGACGGCGGCAGUGGCCAAUGCCGCUAGUGCAGCAGCACCACCACCGCAGCAAUCGCAACAUCCUAUCACGGCAUCGUCGUAGUGGAGGAAAGCCCUCACACUAAGGCGUGUUCAUGGCGGCAACAAUAGUAGCA